AUGUUUCAUUAUUCUGGCUUAUAAUUCAGUUUCUGGAUUUAUACAGACUGCAUAUUUAAACAUUUAAAUACAAUAAUACGAAUUAUUACUUCUACGCAAAAAAGAAUACUUUCUGAACGAAAUGUAUAAAUGUCAACGCCUAUCAAAACAACUGUCAAAAACAGCUGUUGAGCGUCCGCAAGCAAGCAUCGUGAAGACGUAAACAAAUAGUUGUUAAUGUAAACUGUAAAGUAACCCAAAUCGAAAUUAAUAUCUAUUUUCGAUCUUCAAUUUCAUUCAUUAUGGAUAAGUUUGGUGACGAAACGUUGUGCAGAAUUUGUUUUCAAAAACAAGAUACGGUGUACUCGUUGUUUCGCAAACGAAAAGGUAUUUCCCCGAGUGAGAAGUUGAAUAAAAUUGGUGUCAAAGCUGAUCUCCACGAUACGGGGCCAUCUUGCAUAUGUUGUGACUGUUUAGCCGAGUUGGAGACUACGGUCAAUUUCUUAGAGAAAUGUGAGAAAUCAAACCGAGUACUGGCUGAGUACUUAGCGAAUGGUGUGAAGGACAAUACUGCUGUACAUUGUGAUAGUAGAGUGGUAGAGUAUAGCCAGGAGGAGUGCGAGUCUGUUGGUAAACUAGAAGUGGACAAUGAGGAGUUGUUGUUGGAGGAGCCGCGGUGUGAGGAGUGCGGGUCCCGCCGGCGCUGUCCGCACUGGAGCCCGCCCACCACGUACACAUGCCCCAAGUGCCAAAAAGUGUUCAACAGGAAGUUUAAUUUUAAGCUACAUUUGAAGCGCCACAGCGGGUCCCGCGAGUGGUGGUGCGCGGCGUGCGGCGCGGGCGUGGUGUCGCGCUGGCUGGCGGCCGCGCACUGCGCGCCCCGCGCCCCGCGCGCCUGCCCCGCGCCCGGCUGCACGCGCGCAUACACCUCCGCCACCAACCUCCGGGUACACCUCCGCACACACACCGGCGAGAGACCCUUCGAGUGCCACGACUGUGGCAAGAAGUUCUCCAGCAAGAAUACUCUGCAGAACCACAUAAGGAUUCACACAGGUGCAUUGCCGUACAUCUGUCCGGUAUGCGGUAAGCAGUUCCGUACGAACAAGCUAGCGGCGCACAUGGCGCGCCACUCGGAGACGCAGGCAGGGCGGCACGCGCGCGCGCACCGGGCGGGCAGCACGGCGCCCGCGCCCGCGCCCGCGCACGCCUGCACGAUGUGCACGUCUCGUUAUCACCACAAGCAGUCCUUAAACAAGCACAUGAGGAAGCAACACGCACAGCAAGUGGUGCAGCCAGCCACACAGCAGGCCCUCGACCAAACUGCUGAACUAUAACUUACUACUGAAGGAACUGCGUUCUACCAAAGUAUCGACAUCAAAUCGACUGUACAAAGGCUAGCAACUUAAUUUAAAUUUUACAAAUACCAAAGAAUUGUAUGUACUCAUAAGUUAAUUUAUACAAAGUAAAUAAUAAGUACUGUAUUAAUGUGUUUAGUUUAGUCUACAAUUAGGUUUAAUUCAGCAAAGAAUCAUGUGGUUUAGUGAAACCUGUGAAAGAAGUGGCGGUCAAGGUCGUGCCGCCGCCGCGCGACACUGUACGUGAUAACGGAACGGUCAGCAUUAUGUUUGCUUUACUUUGUUCUUUGGUUAUAAGAGUUCUCAGGAAGGAUUUGGCAAUGGAAUGGUACCAGUAAUAACUCAUUAGGUAAGUAAUUAGAAAUUAAAUGUAUUUGAUUUACCAAAUAUCAUUUCCCCGACACGCGUGCUACGUUUUAU